AUGUUCUAUUCUUUCUACAUUCAAACAACAAUGAUAGAUGUAAUUCUGCAACUACAACUGCUCGGAUUCUUUGUAACGCUGGUGAUGUCUGCUUCGAUGCUACUCAUUUGUGGGGGAAAGAAAAAGAAAACGGAACCGGCGCCUGUUCGAGCCAAGAGGAUCAAGUCAACGAUUGGACGAGUCGACCACAAGAAUCCGCCUCCCGGGAAAGUCAAUCAAGAAGUGAAAGCACCGCAAAACGAGAAGCCCGCCGGAGACAAGGAAAAGGAGCCUAGAAGCGAAAAGGCUGAGGGAACGGGAUCUCAGAAGAAUGUCGAGGAAAAGGAGAAAACGACAAAUACCCCACUCGGCCCAAAGAAAGAUAUCGGAAAAGAUGUGAAAGCGUCGGCAAAGGAGCAAGAGAGACCACAGUCUGCUAAACCGGUUGAGAAGACGAAAGAACAAAGCUCGGGAGGAGGAGACGAACAUCAACAAUUGGUUUCGAAUCCCUAUUGCACACAGGUAACUGACGAAUUCCCGACUAUUGAAGGAGCCGAAGGCGCGGUCCCACCGCCAGCAGAAGAAAAGGACAAGAAAGCCGAGCAAGCCAAGGAGUCGAAAGAAGGUGCUAAGAAGCCGGGCACGGGAAAGCGCGCAAAGGACAAAGCUGGAACCACGCAGCAAACACAAGGAUCAGAUGAGAAG